AUGUUAAAAUGUUUAAAUAAAAACAUAUUCAAAGAAUCAUUAAAAUUAAAUAAAAAUAAAAUAUUAUUAAAUAAUUAUUAUUUUAAUAAAAAUAUAAUUAAUUAUUAUAAUAAUAAUAAUUUAAUAAUAAAUAAUAAUAAUAAUAAUAAUAAUAAUAAUAAUAAUAAUAAUAAUAAUAAUAAUAAUUCAAUAAUAAAUAAUAAUAAAAGAUUAUUUUCAACAAAUAUUUUAAAAGAAGAAAGCAAUAAUAAUGAUAAUAAUAAUAAUAAUAAAAUUAAUGAAAAAUUAUUUAAAUCACCAUUAAAGAAUGAAAAUGAAAUUAAAGAAUUUGAUGUGAUUGUAAUUGGUGGUGGACAUGCAGGUACAGAAGCAUCAGCAGCCUCAGCAAGAGUUGGUAGUAAAACAUUAUUGAUAACUCAAAGUAUUGAUACUAUUGGUGUAAUGUCAUGUAAUCCAUCUAUUGGUGGUGUUGGUAAAGGUAAUUUAGUUAGAGAGAUCGAUGCAAUCGGUGGUAUAAUGGGUUUGGCAGCUGAUGAAAGUGGUUGUCAAUUUAAAGUUUUAAAUCAAAGUAAAGGUAGUGCAGUACAUGGUCCACGUGCUCAAAUCGAUCGUGAAUUAUAUAGAGAAUCAAUUCAUAAUUUAUUAUGGAAAAUCACUCAAGACAAUGGUGGUAAUUUAUCAAUUAAAGAAGGUAUGGUUGAAGAUAUAAUUUUAGAUGAAGAAGAAGGAGGAGAGGAAGGGGACAAUGGUAAAAAUAAAAAAACAAUUAAAGGUAUAAUUUUGGAUAAUGGUGAAAUUAUAAAAUGUAAGAAAGUUGUGAUUACUACAGGUACAUUUUUAGGUGGUAUAAUUCAUAUUGGUAAUAAACGAAUACCAUCUGGUAGAAUGGGAGAUAAAGCUGCCACUGCAUUAUCAUUGACAUUGAAUAGGAUAGGGUUUGAAUUGGGGAGAUUAAAGACUGGUACACCACCAAGAUUGGAUGGUAAGUCAAUUGAUUAUAGUGUGAUGGUUGAGCAAGUUGGUGAUGAGAUACCAUUACCAUUCUCAUUUAGUAAUAGUAAGGUAAAGAAUGAUCAAAGACAAUUGAAAUGUUUUAUGACGAGAACCACUGAAGAGUCUCAUCAAAUCAUCAUUGAUAAUCUUUCAAGUAGACCCGCAUUAGAGUCGGGUGAAGAUGGUAAAGGUUUAGGCCCACGUUAUUGCCCAUCGAUUGAGACAAAGAUCGAGCGAUUCCAAGGCAAGACCCACCAAGUGUGGAUAGAGCCCGAGGGGUACACCACCGAUGUGAUCUACCCAAACGGUAUCUCGAUUUCCCUACCAGAGGAUGUACAAAUGAAAUUUUUAAAAACCAUACCAGGCUUGGAGAAUGUGAAAAUGUUAAAACCAGGCUACGCCGUAGAGUAUGAUUAUAUAGACCCAAGGGAACUCAAUCAUACAUUGGAGACUAAAAAAAUCAGUGGUCUGUUUUUAGCCGGUCAAAUCAACGGUACCACUGGUUACGAGGAAGCAGGUGCUCAAGGUAUUGUCGCGGGUAUAAAUGCAAGUCUCUCCCAUCAAAAUCGUCCCCCAAUGAUCAUUAGCAGAUCCGAGGGGUACAUUGGCGUAUUAAUCGAUGAUUUGGUGACAUUGGGCGUAACUGAACCUUAUAGAAUGUUUACAAGUCGUUCAGAGUAUCGUAUAUCAUUACGUGCUCAUAAUUCCGACCAAAGAUUAACCGAAAAGGCAUUUGAAUUUGGUAGUGCCUCAAAUCACCAAUUGCAAGCGUUAAAAGAGAAACAAUCAUUGCUAGAUCAAGUUUACAGUAAAUUAAAAGAAAUUAAAAAAUCACCAUCAGAAUAUUUAACCCAAUGUGGUAUUGAAAAUGUACAUGAAAAGAAAUCACUAUUUGAAAUUCUAAGAAGACCACAUGUUGAUUUCAAUUUGAUUAAACGUUAUUUACCAACUGAUCUCUUGGAGAAAAUACCACCACUAUAUAUAUCAAUCAUUGAUAGUGAAUGUAAAUAUUCAAAUUAUGUAGAUAAACAUGUUAUUGAAUUCAAUAAUCUACGUAAAAGAGAGAAUCAAUUAAUACCACCAUCUUUAAACUAUUGGGAUAUUUCUCAAUUAUCAACAGAAUCAAAACAAAUUCUAUCAAAAGCUCGUCCAACAAAUUUCUCUUCUGCUUCAAAAAUCUCUGGUAUAACACCUUCAGCUUUAUUUUCAAUUCAAGUUUAUAUAAAAAAGAAUUAUGAUGGUAAUGAAAGGAUUAUUCAUAGUCAAAAUAAAAAUUUUAAUAAACAACAACAACAACAACAACAACAACAACAACAACAACAACAACAACAAAAUAUUAUUUAA